AUGUAUUCUAAUGUAAUGGUUGAUCGUCCCUAUGCAGCAUAUGAUCCAAGGGCAAGUCUAACAGCUCACGUAUCGUUUCUUCAAGGACACCAACAACCCAUUGAUUCCAAGUCUUACCCGAUGGCUAAUCAUCCAAGUGCGUCAUAUUACCCAGGAUAUGAGAUGAUUCCUCAUUUUGCUCAAUCCUUGGAGUCUCACCUUCAAGAAAUGCACAAUUCCAACAGUAGAGAAAAUUUUCAUCCAGUAAGAAAAUCCAAAGGUUUUAAAGCGAAGUACAAAUUGGUGAAUCAUAUUCGAGUUCAUACUGGGGAGAAACCAUUUGUUUGCCCUUUUCCUGAUUGUGGAAAAACGUUUGGAAGAAGCGAGAAUUUAAAGAUCCAUCAAAGAACUCACACAGGUGAACGACCUUUUCCUUGCAAAUUUCCCGGAUGUGAAAGACGGUUUGCAAACAGUUCCGAUCGUAAGAAGCAUAGUUAUAUGCACAACACUGAAAAACUUUAUGCGUGUAAGUACGAAGGUUGCGACCGAAGCUACACUCAUCCAAGUUCACUACGUAAGCACAUACGUAUGCAUGAAUCCAAUGGUGACGUAAUCGACAACGGAUCCAAUCAUUCUCCCACGAGUUCGUGUGGUUCAGUCGAAGAUGUAGCUCGAAAACAAAACUCCGUUGAAAAUAAUUUUGUUCAGACGUAUUUACCUCCACGAUUUACGUCAUCACCGAUUCAUGCACCUUUAGCCACGUAUGAUGCUUCAGAAAGUUUGAAACAAAAGUUUCCCCCUAUUGAGAAGCAAGCUAAAUUCACAGAAAAUUUUAUAAACCACGGACAAGAUAUGACAUCAUCUCUACCUCAAUUAAACUUGAACACAGCUUCAACCGAAGAUUGUUACAACAAUUACUAUAUACCUCAAAUAUCUAAUGUAACUUAUAAAUCUUCUUUUUCUCCUGUCUCGUUUCAAUUACCUUCGCAUUUUGUCGCUUAAACAUUUUUACGUAUUGUUUUUUUAUUAAUAAAAAUACCCUUCAACC